AACAAGAAAAAGGUGCAACAACAGGAAUAAACUGUUUAGUGUUUGUUUCUUAUUAGCUAUGCCGACUCUUACUUUUCUCCUUCUCUAUUAUGCCCAUCAUCUCUCACCAUGGACUCGUUACCCUCCAUUCCAUUGCCUCCUCCUCCUCAGGAACGAUAUAUUCGAUCUCGUGAUCACCCCCUUUUCGACGGGAUGAGAAAAAGCAAUGCUAAUCGAGGCACUCUCUUCAACUUUCUAGGAAGAAAUAGUAAACAGAGCAUUUCACGGUCAGUAUCAGAAAUCAGUGACAUUAAAUCCAAAAAGACCCUUACUGAUUUUUCCGAAAGUGCUGCUUCUGGUCCAAUCAAAGAUUCACUGUCCGAUAUUAUAUUGGAACCUUAUCCACGAUCUUCAUCUGGGAGAUGGUCGAAGGAUUCCAAGAGAACUUCUGCAUCCGUAAAAAUUCAGUCAGAAUUAAGUAUCGACCUUGGGGAAGAAGACGAGUUUGGAAAUUUUAGUCCAAGGGCCUCCAAUGAUGAGUCUUACACUCGAACUAGCAUGGCAUCACCUACAACUGAAAGAUCAUUUAGCAUGAAUUUUGAAAGCACAAAACUCUCCAAAAUUCCAUUGCCUCCAUCUGCAGCAUCCUUCUAUAGUGGCCAUUCACCACAAAUGGAAGUUGUGGAAUUGUGCAAAGGCAUUCAGUUGAUAAAUACGUAUUUGAAAGCUUGCAAGGAUGAUGUCAGUGCCGGUGUACCUGGAAAAUUCUUGCAUGCUGUACUCGGACAGGAUGCUUGCGAUGUCGGAUCUGUUGUUUCAACUAUCAUGUAUUCCUUUUACUUGCAUUCAUCACUUAAGAACGACCAAUUCUGCACUGUUCCUGUUAUAAACAUGAAAAGGGCAGACUUGAACUCUCAUGCUGAGUUAAAAUGGCUUCUUGAGACAUGUAAUGUGGACCACUCACAAUUGAUUUUCAUUGAUGAGAUUGACCUCUCAUAUUAUGAUUUAUUUGGGAGCCUCAAGCUAGUUUUCCUGAACGGAGACAAUCUUCCAGAAAAGCAAGAGGCGUUAAAAGGUGCCCUUGUAGAGAUUUUCAAUUGCAAAAAGGGUGAUUCAGCAUACCGUUGGGUUGAUAAUGUCACUGUCGGAGAGGACUGCUCAUGCUGUACAGUGAUUGCUGAAAAAUUUGUGCAUAACUCACCUGAGAUAUUGGCUGGGAGGGGAUUCAGUCGGCUGCUGCUUGCAGGUAUUCUCUUGGAUACCCGAAAUAUGUCUAGCCCUCGUUGUACCGACAAAGAUAGGUACAUGGCAACCUUACUGAUUAAUGGAGCUGGCCGUUUUGGAUGCACUGGUCUCCAUCAAAUUUUGAAGUAUAAAAUGUAUGAUGUAACUGAUCUAAAAGUAGGACAUAUCUUACGCAAAGAUUUCAAAAAGUGGACAAGGAUAGGAAAGUCGGACAAUGUUGCAGCAGAAAUGUUAUCAUAUGUGGGGUUGACUUCGAUUGGAAUAUCAAUCGCGCAACUUUUGGCACAUGAUGAAACUUCAGCAGAAGAAAUUAUGCAGUUUCAACAGGUGGAGAAACUUCGCCUGUUUGUGAUCGUUUCUGGCUAUUAUGAUUCCCAGAAGAACUUCAAGAGAGAGAUCCUGGUUUCUGCUGAAUCCUCUGAACUUAUGAAAAACCUUCUUCAAUUUUUUAACUCAAAUGCCUCCCAGCUGCCCCUUAAAGAAAUGCAACAGCCAGGUCUGCUAGGCGAGAUGAGAGCAUUUGGGAUCGACAAGGUUACUUCAAGGAGGACCAUUGAGCGGCUGCUAGAAGAAUUUGGUAAAUUGGUGAGACGCUGAUGUUAGAAUUAUCAACUACCACAAAACUUCUCUUUGGAUCAUUUAUGCAAUAGGCUGUUGAACGAAAAUAAAAGCUUUUGAUUCAUGAUAUUUAAGGAAGCAACAAUGUUUGUUAAUUUUUUUAAAUCUUUGUGUAUAACAACAUUAUAUAUAGUGCGAAUGAGUUUCUAAUGACUACUGA